AUGGGGAACAUCAUCAGGGCCCUCAUGGCCUUCAUCCCUGCAGACCGCUGCCAGAACUAUGUGGUCAGAGACCUCCGGGAGAUGCCACUGGAUAAGAUGGUGGAUGUGAGUGGGAGCCAGCUGCGCCGCCUCCCUGUGCACGUGUGCACCUUCACGGAGCUAGUCAAGCUCUACCUGAGUGACAAUCAUCUCAACAGCCUGCCUCCAGAGCUGGGUCAGCUGCAGAACCUCCAGAUCCUGGCUUUGGAUUUCAACAACUUCAAAGCUCUGCCCCAGGUGGUGUGCACCUUGAAACAGCUCUGCAUCCUCUACCUGGGCAACAACAAACUCUGCGACCUCCCCAACGAGCUGAGCCUGCUCCAGAACCUCCGGACCCUGUGGAUCGAAGCCAACUGCCUCACCCAACUGCCAGACGUGGUGUGUGAGCUGAGUCUCCUUAAGACUUUGCACGCGGGCUCCAAUGCUCUGCGUCUGCUGCCAGGCCAGCUCCGUCGCCUCCAAGAGCUACGGACCAUCUGGCUCUCAGGCAACCUGCUGACUGACUUCCCCUCUGUGCUGCUUCACAUGCCUUUCCUGGAGGUGAUUGAUGUGGACCGGAACAGAAUCCGCUACUUCCCCAGCCUGGCCCACUUGUCAAGUCUGAAGGUGGUCAUCUAUGAUCAUAAUCCUUGCAGGAAUGCACCCAAAGUGGGCAAAGGUGUGCGACGUGUGGGAAGAUGGGCAGAGGAGACGCCAGAGCCUGACCCCAGAAAAGCCAGGCGCUAUGCAUUAGCCACAGAAGAAAAUCAGGAGCCACAGGCAUCUGCCCCACCUCCUCCACUUCCUCCUUCCAGCCCCUGAAGAGCUGUAGUUGUAGGUCAGUGCCAAGGACCCCACUCCAGCAUGCUCUGAAGACUUCUCCAUUAGAAGGGAAGGGAAGGGAUUCUUCUGGGUCAUUGGAUGGGACUGCUGGAGAGUCAGGUGAAAUGCUAUAAAGAAACUGAGAAGAAAACCUUUUUGGUCAACAGCAUGCCUUCCAAAGGGAAGUUGUGUGCUAUCAGUGGCUGGGCUAUUCAGAGUGAUCAUUACUACUUUGCAGGAAAACAGCUUCUCCAAGCAGGUGCCUUGAAACACUGAAGAGUGAGAAGGGCUGGGACACUUUGACCUCCUCCAUUCUGCAGCAGUGGCUGGUCAUGAGGUUUUGUGAGAUCCUUGAGGUACUUGUUAACCCACUGAAGGCCCUGUUUCUAGCCCUUUGGAAGACAUGUUUUCUUUACUGUGAAUGAUCAUGAAUAUUAUCGAUGUAUUGUUACUAAUCCAGGCCACUUACAAUAGGACAUUUCUACCUAGUCUAUCAAAUUCACAGAAAAAAAAAAAAGCUGUUUGUUGUUGCAAAGGCUCAAGAUGAAACAUUUUCCCCAAUAGUUUAACACCUUUGAGAAGACUCCUAGCUUGGUGGGGUCCAGGUGCCAAUGGUUCAUGUUGAUUUCACUCAUUUUCGAUUAAAAGUCUGGCUCAAGGUCUGCUUCUAACUGUAUACUGUCACUAACCUUAGAAGCCAUCUGGAAAGUAGAACCCCUCUGAAAUGUAGUCUCACUAAUGUUAUAUCUCAGCGAUUCCUGGGCAACGCCCUUCCACUCCCAGUAAGGCCCUCCUGCUCAUG